CCAGACAUGGAUGAGCUGUACCUGAGGGACCACCACCACCAUCACCACCACCACCACCACCACUCGGUCUCGUCCACCCAAAGCGAGGUGGGCCAAAAGGGACCCGGCGGCGACGGCCUGGGCCGGAGCGGCUCCAAGGGCUCCUCCUCCUCCUCGGGCGAGAGCAGCAAGUACAAGAUCAAGAAGCAGCUUUCGGAGCAGGACCUGCAGCAGCUCCGGCUGAAGAUCAACGGGCGAGAGCGGAAGCGGAUGCACGACCUCAACCUGGCCAUGGACGGGCUCCGCGAGGUGAUGCCCUACGCCCACGGGCCCUCGGUCCGGAAGCUCUCCAAGAUCGCCACCCUCCUCCUGGCCCGCAACUACAUCCUGAUGCUCACCAGCUCACUGGAGGAGAUGAAGAGGCUGGUGGGCGAGAUCUACGGCGGGCACCACUCCGCCUUCCACUGCGGGACUCUGCCGAAGCUGGUUGGGUUUAAUUUGGGCUCAGACCAAUUUGUACGUAUGGCAAAAAUGAACAAGGGUUUGUUUGGAACGAGCCGCAGUGGAAAGCAGCGAACACGAUCCAGUCAAGGUUAA